CCUCGUUUUCCUCCCAUUAUGUAGCAAGCUAACUUGUAGUGGCCAUGUAAUAAAUAAAGCAAAUGUAAACAUUCGAAAAAACCACACAAAAAAACAAACACAAGAACUAACUUAUCAAGAAAACAAGAGAAUUAAUCUGAAAACCACAACGAAGGCCCUAAGAUAAUUCCAAAGUGAAAACCCCUCAGAGCAUUGCAUUUACAUUCCAGAAAUCAAGCGUCUCUCGGUUCUGCGAACGAGAACGCGAACGUGUUUGGGGCUAGUUUUUUGUGCAAAAGUGGACGUAGUGGCUGUCGGGCCGAAGCAACUAACUGUGAUUUGGGGAGACAUAGCCGCCGCCGCGGCCACAGGAGCGCCCAGUCCUCAACCGAUUCGCUGGCGUAGGCCAAGUAAACGGGGGCGUCGCGUGCCCGCUUAUAUGUGUGUGUGUGGUGUGUGUAUGGACAAGAACAAGUUGCAGCACUCGCGAGUUUGCAGUGGUAUUAGUGGUGCUCGGUGUGGCAGUGUGCGUGCUGGGUCUUGAUGUCUGCGCUGUUUCCCAGGCGACGACCAAGAGGUGAGCACACAGGUGAAUUAUCGGUGCAAUACGCUGCCUUGGCAACAGAGCCCCGGCCACAGUCGCAUCCAACAAUAGACGACUCACCCCGACCCACCAUUGACGACAACAACAAGUAGCGGCCACCGAGAAAAAGCAAAUAUAACGAAAAUGUUGCGUUUUCUGAGCCGUCGCAAGGUGCGCAACAACUACGCGGAUAAUGCCAGCAGCCCCCGCGCCGGUGGCAUGGGCGGUGGCGGGGCCGUUGCGGCCAGCGGCUCCCAGAUUAAGCCGCAGCGCAUCGUCGUGAACAAGAACAAAAUCGACUGCCGCGUCAUACUGCUGGACAAUACUGACCUUUCCAUCGAAUUAUCGAAAAAAGCGUUGGGCAGCUUCCUCUACGAGCAGGUCUUCUAUGCCCUGGACAUCAUCGAGAAGGACUACUUUGGCCUGCAGUUCAUGGACGCCAAUCACGUCAAGCACUGGCUGGACCCCACCAAACCCAUCAAGAAGCAGGUGAAAAUUGGACCUCCGUACACUUUCCGCCUUAAGGUAAAGUUCUACUCUUCCGAGCCCAAUACGCUGCGCGAGGAGCUCACGCGCUAUCUAUUCUUCCUGCAACUGAAGCAAGACCUGCUGGAAGGCCGCCUCGACUGUCCGGACGACAAGUCCACCGAGCUCUGCGCCCUGGCCUUGCAAUCUGAGCUGGGCGACUACGAUGAUCAGGAACACUCGGCGGCCACCGUCUCGGAGUUCCGGUUCGUGCCGGAGCAGACGGAGGAUCUGGAAAUAUCCAUUCUGGAGGAGUACAAGACGUGCCGCGGCCUGACGCCUGCCCAGGCUGAGACGGCGUUCCUCAACAAGGCCAAGUGGCUGGACAUGUACGGCGUGGACAUGCACACCGUGCUGGGCAAAGACGGAUGCGAGUAUCACUUGGGGCUGACGCCCACUGGCAUCCUUGUGUUCGAGCGGGACCAGAAGAUAGGUCUGUUCUUCUGGCCAAAGAUCAGCAAGUUGGACUUCAAGAAAAAAAAGCUUACGCUCAUCGUCAUCGAGGACGACGACGAUGGUCGCGAGCAAGAGCACACCUUCGUCUUCCGCCUGUACAACGAGAAGGCCUGCAAGCACUUGUGGAAAUGCGCCGUGGAGCAUCACACCUUCUUCCGGCUGCGGGCGCCUGUGAAAGGCCCGUCGGCACGCCAGAACUUCUUCCGCAUGGGCUCGCGCUUCCGCUACUCCGGCCGCACCGAGUUCCAGACCACCCAGCAGAGCCGGGCCCGCCGCACGGUUCAGUUCGAGCGUCGGCCCUCCCAACGCUUUGCCAGUCGGCAGUCCCAUCUUCUGCGAGAGCGGCAAAAGGCCUCCCAAGAGUCGGCCGCUUCAGCCGUGGCCUCGGUCAAUGCUCGAGCUGCUGCAGCCGCCGCCGCUGCUGCAGCUGCCUCACAGGUUCACCCGACUCCAGUUCCAUUGACUCCAGUGGCCGCUCCCGUUCCGAGCAACGACAACAACAGUGACAUCUUUGAUUCGCUGAUUUCCACGGAUCAGUUCAUCACUGUAACCCCCUCGCCCUCUGUGCUCACUGUCAUACAGAACUCCGCCAUCAUCGAACCCGAUGCUGCCUGCAGUGCUUCCAUCAGUUCCUCCACACAGGCAGGGGCCGCCUGCGCCUCCCUGGGUCGCAACUCUCUAAAGUCCAACUUUAGCAACGAUGAUCCGGCGUACAGCAAGAUUGGCUCCAUUGGCAAGGCGGCUGGCUUGACUGUGAAUUCCUGGGUUUCUUCUUGCAGAUUGGAGCCGGAGUAUGCGCCUCCGUAUUCGCCGAAUGCUACCAAGAACUUUGAUGAGACCAAUCCGUUCAGAAGUGCGGCCUCUCACCAUGGCAGCUUUGGCAAGGCCUCCAUUAGCUCCGGCCAGCUCAGUGUUAAGAGCGGCUUGUCGGAUAAAGAUAGGGAGCUAGACUCAUUACUUAAGUCCAUUGUCAAAGAUCCAUCCCCAUCAGUGCUAGCAAACGAAGCCAUUAACGAUGCUAACAGUAUCAGGGUGACCAUCAACAAGACUUUCGACAUGGACCACAACACGGAGACACUUAAGCGCCUCUCGAACGCCAACGAGAAGCCCAACAACCAAGUGAAGCUGGCCAAUGUGGGCGCCACGGCCCUGCCGCCAGGCAACAUCAAGUGCAAUAUCCUUAAGGCUCGCGUUGAGGAGGAAUUGGGCGCCGGCGGCAACGCAAAGUUGACCAAUCAGAUGUUUGUGCCUGCCGCUAGCUCCGUUUCCCACUCCGGUAUGCACACAAGCAUCACCAGCAGUCACAGCAACAACAGCAAUCAUGCACACAGCGAUGGACCGGAUUCCCUGAACGCCACCUACAUAUCAGUGGGAGGCGAUAAGCUGACGCUCAGCAUACCGGAACAGAAACCGGCGGCAGGCAGUAGCGCCAGCGGCAUCCCCACCGCCAGCACGAGCACCUCGAGCAUCACCAAUGGUAAUCCACCCUUCAGCAACGCUACUUUUGUCUCGAGCUUCAGUGCGCCGCUUACCCCCCCGUCGUCGCUGCCAGCCAUACUCAACAACAACAACACCAGCGGCAGCUUGGCCACCAGUGUGACCACCAUCAUCACGCCCAGCAGCCCCACUGCCAGCAUCAGUGUAGUGGCUCCCACCAGCAGUGGCACAGACCCGGCCCCAAGCGCCCCUGCACCCGCGCUGAGCAAUGCCUCGGCUGCCGAAAUACUCAUUAAUGAAAUAUUCAUUAACAACAUCAUAAACAACAAUGCUGCUGCCAGCAGUAACGGCAGCAGUAACAGCAGUGGCAGCAACGCAGCCGAAUCUGGUGCAAAGCCUGCGGCAAACGCCACACCCAGCGCCGGCACAUUGCUCUUCUCCACGCUUAGUGAGCAGGAGCGGUUAGAGGCGCAGAAGACGGGCCAGAAUCCGAAUCAGAACCAGAAUCACAGCGAAGUAGAUGCACCACAGAGUGAAAAGAAAAGCAAGAGCAAUUACCCGGAGAGCAGCCGCAUUCCGUCCAGCAACAGCAACGAUAUGGUCUCACCCUGGCUGGUCUCCUCGGAGGUUGUGUCGGCCCCCAAGGGACGCGAGCCGACUAUUAUACGAAAGUCCGUUAUUACAACUCAGUUGUAAUUAUUGUUUAGUCUUAAGCUCUAACCCUUUUAAAAAUGUAAGCCUACAUGUUCUUAUUUAUAUACAUAUACAUAUACAUAAACAUACAUAUGCUAGG